AUGUCUUUGACUAAAGCGCAGGUCGAGCUGUACAAACAAGCUCUCGUUCGUGCUCAACGAGAUCUUGACCGCGGAGAGGCAACGGAUUUUAGAACCAAACAGGCUAUUCAAAGCUUUGUCGAUAACACUAAGUCUGUACCACGGAAAACCGCGCAGAAAUACCAACAGACGAUGCAUAUAACCGAUAACACCGACGAUUCAUUACCUACUCUCCACUACGAUCCCGAAUUGAGAACACCUCCACGAGACGUUUCUGGUGUUUCCGAUGAUGAAGAUUCUCAGCCUUCUCUAAAGAAAGCUCGAGUGAAUGUAAACUCGCUUGCAGGAUCAAGCAGCCCUAAAUUCGAGAAGUCCAUCUCGUCAUCACUACACUUUGGCUCCUCAUCGUCGGUUGCUUCGAUCAAAAGAUCGAACCAAUCAUCCUCUCAGUCCCGGUCGUCAUCUCCGCCUUCCUCGCCACCCUUUCGUUCGUCAUCCUCGUUUCGCAAAGCCUCUGAGCCGUCUUCUAAGGCAUGUGCAACCCCUUCUGAAUCACGACCAAAGCUACCACUUUACACCGGAAAUUACGGAAACGUCCAAGUACCCAUGAUUUCCAAAGCGUAUAAGUUCAAGACAGGCAAAUACACCCGAAUGAACGUGGACGAUGCGUUGCGUGUCAUGUUUCAAAAGGACCACGAUUACCUCUACUAUCUACACAGCUCUGGUGUGAUUACCAAGGGUCACAAGAACUGUGAUCCGGAAGUUGCAGAGGCUAUUGGAAACUUCGAAGUGAGGAACCCAGAUCUUGUGCUGCCGAGUGGCCGGCUUCUUCCGCCCGAGAACUUCUGGGUCUGCUUCGGAAGGGGCAAGGGUUCCUUUUUGUCCAAUGCACCCUCGAAAUGGGUCCAUGACCAACACGUUGUCAACCAGAAGUCGUGUAUCAGACCAUGGUUCGAGGAGGCCUGGAACUUCGCACCACCGCCUCAGGCUACAUGA